AUGAAAGAGCCCCAGCUUCCACCUCCCGAUAUUCCUAGCCAAUCGGCGAACGGGCAAACACGAAGACCAACCCGAUUUCUCGUUAUUGGAGCUGGCUCUCGAGGAAAUGCCUACGCCGGCGCUGUAACCAAAGCAACGCCAGGUACAAUCCACGCCGUCGCCGAGCCCCACCCAUUUAAGCGGCGCGAGUUCGGACGAAACUAUAUCUGGGGUGUGCAGGGCAGCUCAAGCGAGGGCCAAGAAUUCGCCGAUUGGCGUGAAUGGGUAAAAUGGGAAAUUUCCCGACGAGAACAAGCUAGCAAAUCUAGCAAUGGGAAUGACAGCGGUGCAUCCAUUGCUUCGGGUACAAUAGGCCCUCUGGGCGUGGACGGAGUCUUCAUCUGCACUCUGGACGAAACGCAUGUUGAUAUUGUUCGGGCUAUCGCCCCUCUAAAUCUGCAUAUUCUUUGUGAAAAACCGCUUGCUCUUUCACUGCAAGAUUGUUUGACCGUCUACCGAACGCUCCAGCCACCCGAAGGCGAAACGCAGAAGCCCCGAUCCCCAUCCACCAUCUUUUCCAUCGGCCACGUAUUGAGAUACAGUCCGCACAACACUCUCCUGCGAAAACUACUACUCACAGACCGGGUGAUUGGCGACAUUGUCUCGCUCGAACACUGCGAGCCAGUGGGAUGGUGGCAUUUCUCACACAGCUACGUCCGCGGUAAUUGGCGACGAGCCACUUCUCUCGGUGACGGCUCUCUACUCACAAAAUCAUGCCACGACAUCGACUUCAUCCUGUGGCUUCUUUGCUCGCCGCCUUCGCUGGAAACGGCGCAUGCCUCGGGCUACGAGCCACACUUUCCUCGCUCGAUCUCAUCGUUCGGGUCCUUGACGCAAUUCCGCAAGGCGCGGAAACCGCCCGCCGCGAAGGAUGCGACGAAUUGUCUUUCUUGCCCCGCUGAGUCGGAUUGCAUGUAUAGCGCGCGGAAGAUUUAUAAUGAUCGCCAUAUGGCGAGGGGCCAUAUGGGCUGGCCGGUUAAUAUUGUUAGUCCCGACAUUGAGGAUGUGUUCAAGGAGCGUGGACCCAAAGCUGCGGAGACGCAUUUGCUCUCUCGAUUGGAAGAAAAUUACGACGUCACUGCUGAUGCCGAUUCAACGAUUGCCGCUCGGCCUUGGUAUGGACGCUGCGUCUACGAAGCUGAUAAUGACGUAUGUGAUGAUCAGGUUGUUACGCUUUCGUGGGACGAUGAGGGGAAGGCACCUGGACGUCUUGCGAAGACGGCAACAUUCCAUAUGAUUGCUCCUACGGAACAGCAAUGCCAACGUCGGGGACGUGUCUAUGGAACCUCUGGCGAGAUCGAUUACGAUAGUAGUAAGAUUUCGAUCUACGAUUUCGCGACUGCGAAGACGACGACUAUCGAUGUGCCUAAGCCGCCGCCGGAUCAGGAAGAGUCGCAUGGAGGUGGAGAUUAUGGUCUUGCGAGGCAAUUUGUGAAUGCAAUUGAGGCGGUGGUGAAUGAUGGUCUGGAUGUGAAGACGGCACAGGCCCGGUUUGUUGGGUGUACAUUGGAAGAGGCGGUUAUGAGCCAUGCUGUUGUAUUCGCGGCCGAGGAAGCGCGGCGAGAAGAGACGGUUAUCAAGUGGGAGAAUUGGUGGCAGGUGAAAUUGGCAGCAUCCGCUAAAGCUUGGACAGCAUGA